GGUGCCAUGCCAUCUCCAUAGUGACUGCAUAUUAAUACAUCUCUAUGACUUUAAGUAUAAAUAAGUCGAUAAUUAUAUCCAUUUGAUCUAUCAUCUGCUUCGGAAUCAGAUUAAAUUUUAUUUUUGUCUUGUUGAAAUUUUAUUGAAUAUUAAAUUAACUUUUAAAAAUGGAAGAACACAAUACUCGAAUGACGCCUCAAGAUGAACUUAUAUCAUUAAUAAUAUAUUGCGCAAAUUUCGCAGCUGAAAAACAUAGUCGACAAAGGCGAUGUAAUAAAGAACAAACACCAUACAUAAACCAUCCUAUUGGUGUUGCGAAUAUAUUGGUUCAAGAAGGAGAAGUUUUUGAUCCUGAUGUGAUAGCGGCAGCUUUAUUACAUGAUACUGUUGAAGAUACAGAAACAACAUUUGAAGAAAUCGAAAAAUAUUUUGGUGAAAAGAUAAGGAAAAUCAUAGAAGAAGUAACAGAUGAUAAGUCGCUGCCCAAGCAAGAGAGAAAACAAUUACAAAUUGAACAUGCUGCAAAAAGUAGCCAAGAAGCAAAAUUAGUAAAAUUAGCUGAUAUACUCUACAAUUUGAGAGAUUUAGAAAAAGAAACACCUGUAGGAUGGACAUCGGAACGAGUUCAUGAAUACUUCGAGUGGGCAGAAUCUGUUGUUAAUGGAUUAAGAGGGACUAAUGGAAUAAUAGAAGAUUAUUUAGAUGAAAUUUUUUAUAAUCAUGCAGUAAUGGAAGAACAGAAUAAGAAAGAUAAGUAUCAUGAUAAUGAAAGUGAUAAAAAAUCAUAAAAAGUAUUAUUAUGUACAAAUUCUUGUAUAUAUAUUAAACAAAGUACAAUGAUAAUAAAAGAUCUUGAUAAAACUAUAACUAAUAUUGCUUAAGUAUCUU